AUGGCGCUGCUGCAGAACGUGUCGCUGCAGGAUCCACGGGACCGCUUCGAGCUGCUGCAGCGCGUGGGGGCCGGGACCUAUGGCGACGUCUACAAGGCUCGCGACACGGUCACGUCCGAACUGGCCGCGGUCAAAAUAGUCAAGCUAGACCCAGGGGACGACAUCAGCUCCCUUCAGCAGGAAAUCACCAUCCUGCGCGAGUGCCGCCACCCCAAUGUGGUGGCCUACAUUGGCAGCUACCUCAGGAAUGACCGGUUGUGGAUCUGCAUGGAGUUCUGCGGAGGGGGGUCCCUGCAGGAGAUUUACCACGCCACCGGGCCACUGGAGGAGCGGCAGAUUGCCUAUGUCUGUCGAGAGGCACUGAAGGGGCUCCACCACUUGCAUUCUCAGGGGAAGAUCCACAGAGACAUCAAGGGAGCCAACCUUCUCCUCACCCUCCAGGGAGAUGUCAAGCUGGCUGACUUCGGGGUGUCAGGUGAGCUGACAGCGUCUGUGGCCAAGAGGAGGUCUUUCAUUGGGACUCCAUACUGGAUGGCCCCAGAGGUGGCCGCCGUGGAGCGCAAAGGUGGCUACAAUGAGUUGUGUGACGUCUGGGCCCUGGGCAUCACCGCCAUCGAGCUGGGGGAGCUGCAGCCGCCUCUCUUCCACCUGCAUCCCAUGAGGGCCUUGAUGCUCAUGUCCAAGAGCAGCUUCCAGCCGCCAAAGCUGAGAGACAAGACUCGCUGGACCCAGAAUUUCCAUCACUUCCUCAAGCUUGCCUUGACCAAGAAUCCCAAGAAGAGACCGACAGCAGAGAAGCUUCUGCAGCACCCCUUCACAACCCAGCAGCUGCCUCGGGCUCUUCUCACACAGCUGUUGGACAAGGCCAACGAUCCCCACCUGGGAACCCCCUCUCCAGAAGACUGUGACCUGGAGACUUAUGACAUAUUUCCAGACACCAUUCAUUCCCGGGGGCAGCAUGGCCCAGCCGAGAGGACCCCCUCGGAGAUCCAGUUUCACCAGGUGAAAUUCGGCGCCCCACGCAGGAAGGAAACAGACCCACUGAAUGAGCCGUGGGAAGAGGAAUGGACGCUGCUGGGGAAGGAGGAGCUGAGCGGGAGCCUGCUGCAGUCAGUCCAGGAGGCCCUGGAGGAAAGGAGCCUGACUAUCCGGCCGGCCUUGGAACUCCAGGAGCUGGACUCUCCAGAUGACACCAUAGGAACCAUCAAGAGGGCCCCGUUCUUGGGGUCAUCUCCCACUGAGCCUCCAGCUGAGGACCUUCACCCCAGCCUCCCAGGAACCCCACCCCUGCCACACCCAGGCCCCACCAGCCCUCCCCUGCUCCCCACCGCCUGGGCCACCAUGAAGCACCGGGAAGAUCCUGAGAGGUCAUCCUGCCACGGGCUCCCCCCGACUCCCAAGGUGCACAUGGGCGCCUGCUUCUCCAAGGUCUUCAAUGGCUGCCCCCUGCGGAUCCAUGCUGCUAUCACCUGGAUUCACCCUGUCACGCGGGACCAGUUUCUGGUGGUGGGAGCCGAGGAAGGUAUCUAUACCCUCAACCUACACGAACUGCAUGAGGAUACACUGGAGAAGCUGAUUUCGCACCGCUGCGCCUGGCUCUACUGCGUGAACAACGUGCUACUGUCCCUCUCAGGGAAAUCCACACACAUCUGGGCCCACGACCUCCCAGGCCUAUUUGAGCAGCGGCGGCUACAGCAGCAGGUCCCCCUCUCCAUCCCCACCAACCGCCUCACCCAGCGCAUCAUCCCCAGGCGCUUUGCCCUGUCCAACAAGAUUCCUGACACCAAAGGCUGCCUGCAGUGUCGUGUGGUGCGGAACCCCCACACGGGCAGCACCUUCCUGCUGGCCGCGCUCCCCGCCAGCCUGCUCCUGCUGCAGUGGUACGAGCCGUUGCAGAAGUUCCUGCUGCUGAAGAACUUCUCCAGCCCCUUGCCCAGCCCAGCAGGGAUGCUGGAGCCGCUGGUACUGGACGGGAAGGAGCUCCCGCAGGUGUGUGUGGGGGCCGAGGGCCCUGAGGGGCCCGGCUGCCGUGUCCUGUUUCACGUCCUCCCGCUGGAGGCUGGCCUGACGCCCGACAUCCUCAUCCCACCCGAGGGGUUCCCGGGCUCGGCCCAGCAGGUGAUCCAGGUGGACAGGGACACCGUCCUGGUCUGCUUUGACCGCUGUGUGAGGAUCGUCAACCUGCUGGGCGAGCCCACGGCCACGCUGGCACCUGUGCUGACCUUUGACUUCCCCAUUGAGACUGUGGUGUGCCUGCAGGACAGCGUGCUGGCCUUCUGGAGCCAUGGGAUGCAGGGCCGCAGCCUGGACACCAAUGAGGUAACCCAGGAGAUCACAGAUGAGACGAGGAUCUUCCGAGUGCUCGGCGCCCACAGAGACAUCAUCCUUGAGAGCAUUCCCACCGACAAGCCCGGGGCUCACAGCAACCUCUACAUUCUCACAGGCCACCAGAGCAGUUACUGAGCAAGUCACCUAGCUGGCUUGGCCAGGGGCGCCUCCGCCCGCCCCAUGCGGCAGUUCUUUCAGGCAGGGGGGCCCCUCCAAGAUAGAGGAGCUCAGGCCCUGGUUCUGCUGGUCUGAAAGGGCAGAAAUCCUGAGAAGAGUCUGGGGGCUCUGGGAAGGGAGGGGCCCGCAAGCCCACACCUCUGCA